UAUGCACAUUAUUACACAUAUAUAAGUAAAAUAAUAAAGUGAAUAAUACAGCGAGACAACACAUUUUUUGGGGAAUUCAAGGCAGAUAUAAAUGUAGAAUUCAAGGCAGACAUAGCCCAGAUUGAUCAGACACCCAAGCUUCAUUAAUAUCAUAUUCACAUUCCUAAAUAUAGUGCGCAUGGUACACUCACUUGCCAAAACAAGUGUGAGGUGUUAGCUGGAGGAUGUAGUUUGUGGUGCUGUUGAAUUGGAUGUCAGAAAUAAACAUGUGUCAGUACAACACAGUACAACUCAACACCGACCACAUUAGGGUUCAAAACACAGUUGUAUUAAAAGCUCUCUUCGUUAUUUUUAACACACGCUGAAGACCGCGACCUACUCGAGCCUGAGAUUUAGUGCAGGGCAGUUAUACUAAACCGCACACACAAUUGUAAUAUGCAAAUCUAAAAAGGGUUAAAGGAUCCAAAUAUAUCCUUUGUAAUCUACGUAUAAAUAAGUUCACGUGAAUAAAGUAUACUAUUAUAAAUUGUUUUAUUAGUGAGAAACACAUUAAUAUAACUAGAUUAAUGAAUGACAUGACACAAUUUAAUAGAAGUUUCGAUUUACAAAAAAACAGCUUUUCUGUACUCGCCCACUGACGUUGCUGAACAAAUAAAAUACAUCAAACGAGAACUUACUCGAAAUGCGGUAAUAUUCCACUGGUGAGAUCAUUUGAAUACUAGGAGAUGAGAAAGGUUAAGGGGGAUGGACUACUGAAGCUAUGUUUAGUGUCUCACUCGCUGGUGCCUUUAAGAGAAGACUGAGCAACACCGUGAGACGUGCACCACAGAGUGUCAUGUGACUUUCCGAAUAGAAACUAAAGUCGUGGAGACCCCGCGUGAAGGAACACAAAUGCAACUUUCUUUCCUGGCUGCACUGCACAGAAACGAGAUAUGGCUACUGCUGGCGGAGUGCUGUCUAAGGAGCAGCUUCUUUGCCCCAUCUGUCUGGAUGUCUUCAACCAACCAGUCUCCACACCUUGUGGGCACAACUUCUGCAAAGACUGCAUACAAAGAUACCUGCAGAGCGCUAUUCUACCGCAGUGCCCAAUGUGUAAGCACAAGCUGUACACAAGGCCCGACCUCAAAGUUAACACGUUCAUAUCAGAGGUGACUUCCCAGUUUCGACAGCUAGUUGAGAGAUCACAUGAAAAUGAAACCAGCGUUUUGGAUCAGUCAGUGGGCUGCAAGGGAGAAGUCUUGUGUGAUGUUUGUGUUGGAAAAAGGGUCAAGGCUCUUAAAUCCUGUCUGGAUUGUUUGGCUUCGUUCUGCGAGACUCACCUGGAGCCCCAUCACGUCCUAGGCACCUUAAAGACACACCACCUGAUCAAGCCCAUGAUGAACAUGCAAGACAGGCUAUGCAAGAAACAUGAGAGGCUCCUGGAUCUGUUCUGUGGCACCGACCAGAUGCAUGUGUGCCAGGCAUGCGUUAGGAAAGACCACAAGGCUCAUCAGACUGUCCGUAUCGAGGACGUGAGCAGAGACAGGAGAGCCCAGAUUGGAGGCAUCAGCGCAGAAGUGGAAGAAAUGAUCCAAGGCCGGCUGCAGAAAAUCUGUGAGAUCAAUCAAACCGUUGAGCUCAGCAGAAGAAACGCAGAAAGGGAGAUUGAAGAGAGUUUGCAAGUCUUCAACAAACUGCUCCAGUUCGUCCAGAGAGGCCGCGCUGAGGUGGCCGAGGUGAUUGGCGCAAAGCAGAGGCAAGUGGAAAGCAGGGCCAACGGGGUUAUCGCUGAGCUGGAGCUUGAGAUUAAUCAACUGAGGCACAGGAGUAAAGAACUGGAGGAGCUCUCAAACACUGAAGACGACCUCUUUCUUUUCCAGUGCUUUCCCGUUCUCUCCACAAUUCCAGCCACCAAAGAUUGGUCUGACACCUGCGUAAAUAGCGCCGAAUACGUGGGGACCGUGAGGAGAGCGGUCCGGAGAGUCGCAUCUCAACUGGAGGAGACGGUAAAGGCCGAGAAGUCGGUGGAGGUCCCGAGGCGUUCCCUCUCCCCAGUGCUGAGUGCGGUGGUGUGGACACUGCUCUCCUGUGGCAUCCUGCUGGAGUUCUGCUUUCUCCUCUUCACGUUGCGCUUCAAAAACAACAGGAUAGUGAAGAUGUCCAGCCCCAACCUGAAUGUCUUGACUCUUUUUGGAAGUGUCCUCACCUAUAGCGCCGGCUUCCUGUUUGCCGUUGAUGAACAUUCCCAAUCGUCCAUAGCUUUGCUACAAGCUCGGGCGUGGACGCUUUGUGUCGGCAGUACUCUGGUGUUUGGGCCGAUUCUAGGGAAGACAUGGAGACUGUACAGAGUGUUCACCCAGCGAGUCCCUGACAAGAGAGUGAUCAUCCGAGACAUCCAACUGAUGGGCAUGGUGGCUCUGUUGAUCCUGGUCGACAUGCUCAUCCUCACCAUCUGGAGCCUCACAGACCCCGUCAGGUGUUCACGGUCUGUUGGAGCUGCUGUCAAGGUGAUGGAGAGGGACAUUUCCUACUCUUUGUCUCAGCUAUACUCUUGUUCUUCUGCAUACUCCAAUCUAUGGAUCAUAAUUAUUACUGUCCAGAAGGGUUGUCUUCUCCUGUAUGGCACUUAUCUGGCAGGACUAACCAGCAAUGUGAGUCAUCCCCCGGUCAACCAGUCUCCCACCAUCAUAACAGCCGUCACUUUGGUCACCGUCUCUUCCGCUGUAGCCGUCCCUGUGUUUAUCUUCCUGAAGGCCUGGCCCAACCUGAUCUACACCGCCGUGGCUGGAGCCAUCUUAAUCUGCACGCUAGCUACUAACUGCAUGCUAUUUGUGCCUCAGCUGACCCAGUGGCGGCAGUUUGAGGAGGACCAGAACAACCCGAGUCAGAUGGCCAAGUAUUUCAGCAGCCCCAGUAAGAGCCAGCCGUCUGUGUACAGUCAGGACGAGAUUUACUACCUGUUAGGAGAAAACAGCUCCAUGAAAAAACUCAUUAAUGAGAAGAAUGCUGUGAUUGACAGCCUUCAGGAGCAGGUGAAUAACGCCAAGGAUAAACUCCUGCGACUCAUGUCAGCCAGCCAGCCCUCUGAGGACCCAGACAUGGACUCCUCCGCCACCCAGACCACUGAACUUCCAUCUGAAGGCCCCCCUUCUUCUUCUCCAUCUCAGAGAGACACUAAAUCCAGAAUAUCCGUCUCUGAUCUCUCACCUUACCCUAUUUCUCCUCCUGUUUCAUUAUCUGCUGCUGCUGCUGAACCAUCCUCUGAGCCUUCCUCUGUUUCUAACUCCUCAGCCCCUGUUUGUGUUUCCUCUCCUCUCCCCGCUGAUAUUAAUGCAACUGAAACUAAGAGAAGGGGAUCUACUACUGGCCCUACAGUCCGAGAGUCCAGAACAGAAGAGGACAUUAAACAGCCCCUGUCCACCACAUUCCCUGGCUUUCUCAGGACAGCAGAGGAGACAGUUGAGUUUGUCACUUCUCUACAAUCGCGCAGAGGAUUGAACCCCUCUCGCAUGGAAACCUUUGGCAGCGAUAGCGGUCUAACGUUUCAGCAGGGAGUAAAUGCGAGGCCAACUGGUUUUAUUAGCAGUGAACAGUUGCAGGAGAUCCUCCAGGAGCUGAGCGUGGACGCAGUCACGGAAACAGCUCUUCGCUCUCCCGGUCAGGCAUCCAGGACGCCCUCUCAGCUAAAACUGAACAAACUCCCCACGCUCUCCCCUCUUUCCAUUCGGUCACCCCGCUCCCCUCAUCCACCUGUUUUCUUCCGCUACCCAAGCAUCUCCCCCUACUCGAUGAGAAAACGGCGGCCGCCCUUUCACUCCUCCAGAAGAGGUUUGGCCCCUCCCUGCUUCUACACAGGUUCAGACAUUGCUAUUUGUGGGGAGAUGAGAACAAACUGUGAACACCAAAAUCCAGGAAAUCACCCGGAGGGUUUAUCUGUGGAUGAUGAACUUCUCCAGGUUCCCCACGGUGAGCUCGAGGGGGAAAGGGAAGAGGAUGAUGCAGAAGGGGAGGAAGUGGGAGGAAAAUGUCAAAGGUGCGUUUCAAGGUGUCACAGAUUGCGUUGUGCAGGAGAGAAGCACUCGGCUCCACCUGAUGUGGAAGUGGGAGGUGAUAAUGAGCAGCACCAUAAACACAUUAGAGACUCAUGCGGGUACUGGGACUCAGACUCUAGCAGCUCAACCGACUACUGCUACUACCACCGCCCUUAUUGUGAGUCUUGCCUGCAGCGAGGCUCGCUCCUGUGCUCCGACAGCUCGUCAGACUCCUCCGACAGCGAGUAUGACAGCUAUACGGGCCUCUACCGCUCCCCACGCCCUGUGGUAUUCAAAGAAGACCUCAAACCCACUUUUGUAUGAUCACGUGUUCACGGCACUUUACAUAUUCAUCCAUCUCCACCACUUGAAUUUAUGUCCCUAGAAAUGUCCAAAAUUAGCUUUGAGGAUAAAGCAGGCACAGCGAUAAUCAUGUGUCAUGCGCUUUUCUAAUGGGAGAUAAUUUGACAGUAGCUUUUAGUGUUAUAUUUCAUUCUGUUUGAAGAGACGGUUGACAUUCCUGUGUAUUCCUUGUGAUCAAAAGCACACAGUGGUAUUUUUUUUUAAUAUUACUUGUGGCAUUAGUAUUAUUAUUUCUUUUUUUUUUUUUUUUACUGUCAAAUGAAAAACCAAGAUGUCCUAAAAUGUAUUUCAGAAAAUGGGAUGGCAGAAAGCUCUUUCACAGAUCAUUAGAAAUGUGCAUUCUAUUAGCUACUGUGCAAAUGCUGUAUUUAUUUUAAUAUUUAUUUGUUUUGUGUACAGAUUUCUGUUCUGGGCCAUUUUUACUGUUUCACGUGAUUCUUAAGAUGUUGGUUGCUAUUGUUGUUGCAUAAUCUGACUUAAUUUAUCUUGAGUGGCCCUAAGCAGAUGCAUGUAUUAUGUACAUAACGAUAAGGAGGGUUUCAUGCUGUUACUUAUCUCCACCCUUGUCACUAUCGUUGCCCUGUGUCAAUGAGAGUUUUUAAUAUACCAAGGUCACAACUAUCUACAGUGUUACAGUUUCUGUGUGUGAACGAGCUGCUGGCCUUUGACUUCUGAUUCUAGCCUCCGUGCAAAAGAAAAAGAAAAUCACCACUUGUUCUGCAGAAACAUUUUUUAACUGUGCUAUGUUAAAAUGCUAACGCAGACCGUUUCAUGUUAAAAUGCUAAACAUUUCCUCAGCUUUAGAAUAUUUGCAAACUUCAUAUUCUAUACACAUAUUUAUACACAUAUUCUUUUCUGACUUGCCCUUCACUCGCACCCCUUUCCACAAUCUGCCUCACUGUGUUUUUUUUUUCCUACCACAAAUGGGAAAAUGCGUGUUUGCCGGGGGAGGUGUUGCUGCAAAGGGAAAACAGUGUCUUGCGUUACUUCUGCUCAGCUGCCUGCCUUUGAGAUGCGGCUGCUCUGUCUAUUCUGCUUGUGAACCACUGAAGGAGCAGCCGAGGAGAAAUUCCCUUUCAUAUGAAGCAUAACAGAGUUUAUAUAUAUA